CUGUUACAUUCGUUUAUACUCAAGUAAUAACAUAUAUUGUUAGAGUUUCCGGACGUAGCCUAUUUUCGUGGAAUAGUUUAGACAAGUUAGUUCGCGUUAAAGUUGGACUUUAAUAUUUGUUAAAUAACCCGUUUCUGAUAAAUGUCCGAAUUAAAAUUGAAAAUGUCUGCAGCAGUAGAUACGAGUAAUGUUUCCUGGAAAAAACGCAAACACCCAGGUGAUCCAUCUAGGGAAUUGAAAAUAGAAAUGAAAAGACCGAGAUAUUAUUAUUACAGGCUUGCUAGUGAAAGCUCAAGAGGCUCGGAGGAAGACACUGAAAGCGUCUAUAGUGUUCAGGAUCACGAAACUGACGUGGCAAAGGAUACAACAGAUACCGAUUCAAAGUCUGAUGAUAAUGAAGACAUUGAAUUGAUAGAAUAUGAGGUUGCCAGUCUAUCUGAAGGCAGUGUGUCUUCAGGAUCCACUGCUAGUGAAACAGAUGAUCAGGUGAUUUUCGCGGCUGCUAUUGAAGCUAUUUGCGAUUCUUCUAUUGAAACCUGGAUAACAGAUGGAGAAGAAUCUGAUAGUAGCUCGUUUGAGAAUACGAGCAUAAAUACAUUGGGAUUCGUGACUUGCGUUCAAUGCAAAUCUAUUAAUGACAAUCCUCUUUAUAGAUAUUGUGAAAAAUGUUUUCAGAAUCGUAAGAAGUUUUAUCCACCGAGACCGAGAGGUAAUAAGAAAUCGAAAAAAAAGGUCGAUGAUCCUGUGAAAUUGGACACUUUAAGGUCCUGUCUGAGCGGAUUGUCGUCUUUAGAUUCAGGUGUAGGAUCGAGUCAGGAAUGUCCUCCGUUGGAUUUGGACCAGAUCGUUGUACCGGAUAAGCAUCUUAAAUCAGGUAUGUCAAUUAGUGAUGUAGGCGAUUUAUUACUAAAGGAAAAUGGUGCCGAGGAACACGGAAGUGAAUCGAAACGUAAAAGACAAGCUUCCGAAAGUAGUUUAUCCGAUUUCGAUGUAAAAAAAAGAAAAUUAUCGAGUCCGUCUAACGAAAAUUCCGUUAUAAAAAACGAUGAAAAUAUAAAAUUCGAAAUUUCACAAAGUGAAAAUGCCGCGGUAACUUCGGAAAACGAUCAAUUAUCGAAUCAAACAUCGGAAACGUCGGAAUUGUGUAUAAUAUGCAACGGCGCCCCUAAAAAUAGCAUAUUCAUACAUACGAAUAUAGCUCACCAGUGCUGCUGUUAUAAAUGUGCCAAAAGGACUUUACGUACCACUAAAAGAUGUCCGAUUUGUAAUCGAUACGUUAAUAAAGUAUUGAAAUUAUUUACGGCUUAGCGAAAAAUUGAAAUUACAAAUUUUCUAGGUAGAUGGUUCGAAUUUAUAAUAAUUAUUUGAAACGUCGUCGAUUUAUUUAUUUACGUAGAGGUAUUUAGAUGUCACGUAUUUUUUUUUUAUUUUCACCAAAAAAAAUCGUAAAACGGUGUUUUUUUGAUACGAGGUCGAAAAAAACGACUACUUCUUUUUCGUAGUAAAAAUAUCCAGUCCUGUCGUAUUCUAAUUGAUGUUUUUUUAAAAGGGCGUUUUUUGGUCUAUUUCAGUGGUUCCUGAACUUUUCUAGUUAAAUCAGAACAUAUUUUGGAUUCAUUUUCGUCGUUUAUAACAUCCCCUAUUCUUUGAUUUUUUUUGCAUGUUUUAGCUCCACUGGAACACCUCUUGGACUCAUUUUUUUGGUAUUCUGACUUUUCCAAUUGUUAUUUUUUGAUUAUUUUCAUGUUUUAACUCUAUUUGAACACAUUUUCGACUCAUUUUCGUCGUUUAUAACUUUCCCUAUUCUUUGAUUUUUUUUUCAUGUUUUAGCUCCACUGGAACACUUUUUGGACUCAUUUUUUUAUAUUUUUUCUCUUCCAAUUGUUAUUUUUAGAAUAUUUUCAUGUUUUAACUCUAUCACAACACAUUUUCGACUUAUUUUCGUCGUUUAUAACUUUCCCUAUUCAAGUUUUGAUUUUUUUCAUGUCAUAGCUCCACUGGAACACUUUUUGGACUCAUUUUUUUGGUAUUCUCUCUUUUCCAAUUGUUAUUUUUAGAAUAUUUUCAUGUUUUAACUCUAUCGCAACACAUUUUCGACUUAUUUUCGUCGUUUAUAACUAACCCUAUUCAAGUUUUGAUUUUUUUCAUGUCCUAGCUCCACUGGAACACUUUUUGGACUCAUUUUUUUGGUAUUCUCUCUUUUCCAAUUGUUAUUUUUAGAAUAUUUUCAUGUUUUAACUCUAUCGCAACACAUUUUCGACUUAUUUUCGUCGUUUAUAACUAACCCUAUUCAAGUUUUGAUUUUUUUCAUGUCCUAGCUCCACUGGAACACUUUUUGGACUCAUUUUUUUGGUAUUCUCUCUUUUCCAAUUGUUAUUUUUAGAAUAUUUUCAUGUUUUAACUCUAUCGCAACACAUUUUCGACUUAUUUUCGUCGUUUAUAACUAACCCUAUUCAAGUUUUGAUUUUUUUCAUGUCCUAGCUCCACUGGAACACUUUUUGGACUCAUUUUUUUGGUAUUCUCUCUUUUCCAAUUGUUAUUUUUAGAAUAUUUUCAUGUUUUAACUCUAUCGCAACACAUUUUCGACUUAUUUUCGUCGUUUAUAACUAACCCUAUUCAAGUUUUGAUUUUUUUCAUGUCCUAGCUCCACUGGAACACUUUUUGGACUCAUUUUUUUGGUAUUCUCUCUUUUCCAAUUGUUAUUUUUAGAAUAUUUUCAUGUUUUAACUCUAUUGGCACAUAUUUUGGAUUUAUUUUUGUAUGUUCCCUCUUCUUCAGUUCUUGUUUUGGACUUUUUUUAUGUUCUAGUUCUACUGGAACAUUUUCAAACACAUUUUUAUGCGUUCUCAAUUUAUAUUUCCACUCUUUCACUUUCUAUGUACUUUUUAUAAAUUUUCGGUUACUCGGGAUAAUUUUUUCCUUGUUUUAACUCUACUGGAAAACUUUGUUUGGUAUGUUCUAAGUUUCUUGGGACCUAUUUUGUAUUUAUUUAUAGUUUAGCUCAAUUCUUGAAGUUUGUUCUAAACGUUCCAACUUCUCCGAAACAUUACAUCGUCUUUUUGAUGUUCCGAAUCAAUGCGGAACACCUUUUGGAUUUUGUUUCGUAUGUUCUAGCUUCCUUUGGAAUAUUUCUCGAUCGCUUUAGAGGUUCAGCUCAACUGGAACAUUGUUCUAGCUUUACUAGAGUAAUUUGAGGAAUUAUUUGCGAUCCACAUAAACUUGAACAUCUUUUGAAUGUAGUUUUAUACGUUUCAGCUUCAUUAGAACAUAACUUGGUCUUUAUUUCGAUUUUUCAGUUCAAUUGCAACAUAUUUCGGAUUUUGUGCUCAGAGCCGGCUUAAGCUCAAACCGUAAUAAAAAUAAUAGUGGGAAUAAUAAUGGAAUAAUAAUGGGAUUUAAACGUAAUCAACCCUGUAGAACAACGUUCCAGGACCUCAAUUAAUUGACGUUGAAACUUCUUUUAAAUUUUUCUCUUUUGUAUUUUCAUUCGAUUUGAAUUUAUGACGUAAAAUUAACAAAGGUGAGCGUUAGUUUUUCCUCCAAAGCUCCCGUACUAUUUUUUCCACAGAUUCCCACCCCUCUAAAUAUUUUUCAUCGUUUAAUUUCAAAUUCUAGUGAAGAGUUUAUCGAUUAAAUUUAAAAUUAUUCUAUUUAUUAUAAAUUAUCUUAUAAAAAAAAUAUUGUCCCUAUAAUUUCCCAAGGAUAACAUAGGACGUAUUUAUAGAAAGUUCAUGGACCCCAUGAAUGCUACUGGCGGCACGCGAAUUUCAUUUUUAUUUUUUAUAUUUUUCAUUUUCGCUGGUAUGUGACGUCUGGAAACCUCGUUUCAGAAAUUUAAGAGUGACAAGACUGAACCAAAGAUGUUUAAUAUAUUUUUUUUUUGUAUAUAUUUAUGUGUAUGGUACGAGGUAUUCGCGAAAUAAAACGAAAUAUUUUCGUUAACGGAUCAAUAUUUGAAAUCAUUCCACCAAAAAUCACCGUCUGAAACGUAUCUCUAUAAAUUUCGAUAAAAUAUUUCCUUUAAAUAUGGCAACAUCGCAGUUUUUAUUACCGAAACACUGUUUGGAAUAAUUUCGUCAAAAAUAACAAUUUGAAACGUGUUUAUAUAAUUUUCAAUAAAAUAUUUUCUCUGAAUAGGGCAACGUCGCAAUUUGAUUAACAAAACGUUUUUAAUCGUUCCACCAAAAAUCUCCGUCGAAAGUUAUUUCUAUAAUUUUCGAUCAAAUAUUUCCUUCAAAAAUGGCAACGUCGCAGUUUUCGUUGAUUAAACUUUUUUUGAAAUCAUUCCACCAAAAAUCACAAUUUGAAACGUGUUUACACAAUUUUCGAUCAAAUUCUUUUUCUAAAUAUGGCAAUGCCGCAAUUUGCCAAUAAAACUUUGAUUGAAAUAAUUCCACCAAAAAUCACAAUUUGAAACACAUUUCUGUAAAUUUAGAUGAAAUUCUUCCUCUGAAUAUGGCAACGCCGCAAUUUUUGUUGAUGAUUUCAUUCUUCAAAAUAAUUCCACCACCAAAAAUCAACGUUUGAAACGGAUUUUUAUAAUUUUCGAUAAAGCGUUUCCUUUAAAUAUGACAACGUCGUACUUUUUUUUUAAUAAACUUUGAAAUCAUUCCACCAAAAAUCACCGUCGAAACUUAUUUCUAUAAUUUUCGAUAAAGCAUUUCCUUUAAAUAUGGCAACGUUGCACUUUUCGGUAAUGAAACUUUGAUUGAAAUUAUUCCACCAAAAAUCACAAUUUGAAACAAAUUUCCAUGAUUUUCGAUAAAAUUCGUUCUCUGAAUUUGGCAACGCCGCAAUUUUUGUUGAUGAUUUCAUUCUUCAAAAUAAUUCCACCACCAAAAAUCAACGUUUGAAACGGAUUUUUAUAAUUUUCGAUAAAGCGUUUCCUUUAAAUAUGACAACGUCGUACUUUUUUUUUAAUAAACUUUGAAAUCAUUCCACCAAAAAUCACCGUCGAAACUUAUUUCUAUAAUUUUCGAUAAAGCAUUUCCUUUAAAUAUGGCAACGUCGCACUUUUCGGUAAUGAAACUUUGAUUGAAAUUAUUCCACCAAAAAUCACAAUUUGAAACAAAUUUCCAUGAUUUUCGAUAAAAUUCGUUCUCUGAAUUUGGCAACGCCGCAAUUUUUGUUGAUGAUUUCAUUCUUCCAAAUAAUUCCACCACCAAAAAUCAACGUUUGAAACGGAUUUUUAUAAUUUUCGAUAAAGCGUUUCCUUUAAAUAUGACAACGUCGUACUUUUUUUUAAUAAACUUUGAAAUCAUUCCACCAAAAAUCACCGUCGAAACUUAUUUCUAUAAUUUUCGAUAAAGCAUUUCCUUUAAAUAUGGCAACGUCGCACUUUUCGGUAAUGAAACUUUGAUUGAAAUUAUUCCACCAAAAAUCACAAUUUGAAACAAAUUUCCAUGAUUGUCGAUAAAAUUCGUUCUCUGAAUAUGGCAACGCCGCAAUUUUUAUCGGAAUCGUAUAAAACAGUAUUUCGUUAUUCGAAUGCUUAUACGGGGUGAUCCGAAAUUAAUUUAUCAAUAAUAAUUUCUAUAUUUUAUUUUCUUUCAUUAAAGAUCGCCUUAUAUCUUCGCCAGUUAGAUUAUAGAGAGUUAUAGUAGUGGGAUAGUGGCAAAAUAAAACAUCAAAGUGUAUUAACUCUAAUAUAUUUCCAGCUUUCAAAUACUCGAUUUUUUUUUUGUUUAAAAGGCAUUAAAUUCAUUGGUUUCAAAAAUCAAUAUUAUGCCGCAAUUUUCAACUAAUCAAUUACCAUAUUCGAAAGCUCGGAAAUAUAUUAGCAUUAGUACAGUGUGGUGGUUGAUUUUGCCGCAAUCCCACUACUUAUAUAUAUAUUUUUAACUGUUAAAAAUAGCCUCUUAAAUUUUUGAAAGGCACAUUGGCAACACUGGAAUGAAUAUCUAAUAUUACAGAUCCGUACCUAAUUAAAUUAGGCUAUCAGGAUCUAUCCUUGCACGUUUCAGAAUAACUAGAAUUUUUUUUUAUGUUUAAUGUCAUAAAAAAAUUAUCCUAGUUCAUAUGAUGUGUCAUUUGGAUUAUUUGUGUUUGGAAAUUUUUGUGCAAUACAAUUUUUUUUAUUUUGUUUUGAAAUAAAUAUUUUCCGUGCUGGGUAAUAAAUUUUAUUACUCA